AUGGACUCAGCUCUUCGCGAUGCCGUGACUCGAUUUAUCGAGCGCCAUCCUGAAUCCCAACGCCUGCAUAAGCUAUCUCUCGAAAGCCUACCGGGAGGAAAUACCCGCACGUUGCUGCACACAGCACCAUUCCCAGUUUUCAUGCGCAAGGGCGAAGGUUCCGAAUUAUGGGAUGAGGAUGGAAACAAGUAUUUUGAUCUAGUCGGCGAACUAUCCGCAGGUUUAUAUGGUCAUUCUAACCCGACGCUGCAAAAGGUAUUGACAGAAACCAUCCAGAAUGUCGGAUUAAAUCUGGGAGCGACAAAUGUCUACGAGCAGCGAUAUGCAUCGUUGCUGUGUGAGCGGUUUAGUCUCGAACGGGUCCGGUUUACAAACUCCGGAACAGAAGCAAACAUCCACUGUCUUGCUGCAGCCAGGAAAUUCACCGGCCGUCGUAAGAUCAUCGUCUUCCGCGGAGCUUAUCAUGGUAGCGUGCUGUCCUUUGGGGGUAACAUCGCGGAAAACAACAUUGACCAGGCGGAUUGGGUACUACUACAAUACAACGAUUCCAAAGGUGUCCAGGAAGCGUUUUCCCAAAACAAUGACAUUGCUGCUGUCAUUCUAGAGGGGAUCCAGGGGGCUGGCGGGUUCAUUUCUGGAUCGCCCGAGUUCCUACGAACAAUCCGCGAAGAGAGCGAGAAAGCGGGCGCGUUGACGAUUCUGGAUGAGGUGAUGACAUCCCGGUUGGCACCGGGAGGAUUGAAAGAGUUGUUCGGGAUCAAACCAGAUCUCAUCACUUUGGGCAAGUAUCUAGGUGGAGGCUUGCCAUUCGGGGCUUUCGGUGGCCGACAAGAUAUCAUGGAUGUUUUCAACCCUCUCACGCCCGGGGCUUUAGUACACUCUGGCACAUUCCAGAAUAACACAUUGAUGCUGCACUCUGGAUAUGCGGGACUCUCUGAAGUUUAUACAGCUGAGGUUGCUCAAUCAUUCAAUGCCCAAGGCGAUGACUUGCGUCAGCGCUUGAAACAGGUCUUUGCGGGAUCCAAGUUCUGUGUUACUGGCCAUGGUUCUCUUAUGUGCGUUCACGCCACUGAGACAGGACUUCGCGCGGAGCAGAUCACUUGUCGAGACGAUGUUGCUGCGGUUGAGGCUACAGAUCUCAAGCAGCUUUUCUGGGUGGAAAUGGUGAAUGCAGGGUUCUGGGUGCAGAGUCGAGGAACAAUCACCUUGAACAUCGCUAUGUCUACCACGGAUCUCGAUGCGUUUGUUGAAGCUGUCGAGGAGUUUUGCAAGAGGUAUAGGCCCUUGGUUGUAGUUUAG